AUGAUUCAUCUUCCCCAUGGCAAGAUGAGUAGCGAGAGUGACAAUUUGGAUAAAAAUGAUGAGUAUUUUCAUAACUUAUUAGAUGAUGAGCUAGUAGAGUAUAAUUAUGAAGAGGAUGAAAAUGUUAUGGAGGAGGAUCUUAAUGUAGAGGAGUUUGGAAAGCUUUUAUAUGUCAAUGGGUUAAUUAUAUUAAACAGGAAGGUACAAUAUACAGAUGGAUAUAGAUUUCAAAAGUAUUGCAGAAAGGAAUUUAGUGAUAUUAAGAGCCGACGUUUAUAUUUAGUGCCGCUCCAUUCCAAGGAUGAUGUUCAAUUGACCAAGUCAAGUGAAAGGGGAGUCCGAGUAUAUGGAGCAAGUUUCAGAUUUGAUAGGGGCAGAACUGGUCUAGUAGUGAACAAGUUUGAGGAGAAUGAGAUUUACGAUAUGAAUAUAAGCCAAGACCCCAGUACAAAGAGAGACAACUCUGUAUUAAAAAAGCAGUAUGUAGAACAUGAAUAUUGUGAAGAGGACAAAGCGUUAUUGCAAGCCGGAAUACCACGAGAGAUCAAAAUAGAAGGGAUGGAGAUGUUUCGGACUUUUUAUGAGUAUGCACUGGCACAUCCCAAUUCGAGUCGAGUGUUUACGCCAUAUACUGGGCCCCACUCUAUUUCGAGGAGGUACAUCUGUAAGUUUGAUGAGACCACGAUUAGAGGAGAAGGGACCAACUUUGCGAGACUAUACUGGAUAUUAUGUUUAGCGCCAUGUUUGAAGUAUGUACAGUUGGAUAAGGAUAAGGAGGAGAAGUUGAAGAAGUUGACCGAAAAGGGUAGUGACAAAGUCACGAUUGUCAGGGAUAUUUUGAUUGACUUUUUAAAGAGGGAUUUGUGGUUG